AUGCAGCGCAUCUCCCUUCAGCCCUGCUUCACAGCAUGUGGCGAGACCCCCCUCGCCCACAUCCUGCGACUAGGCGACGUGACAUUGCUGCUGGAUGCGGGCUGGACCACGGAGUACCUGGAGGAGGACCUUGCUGAGCUGAGGUCAGCCCUGCCCAGCAUCGAUGCUGUCCUUGUCAGCCACGCUGAUGUGGCGCACCUGGGUGCGCUCCCUGCCCUGCUGGGCCAGGGUGACCGGACUCUGCCCGUGUACAUCACUGGGGCCGCCCACAAGAUGGGGCAGAUGGAGCUGUACGAGGAGUGCCUGGUCCGGUCCGGCUGCUCGGAGUUCACGGCGUUCUCGCUGGACCACAUCGACGCGGCAUUCGAUGGGAUGACAACGCUGAACUACCUCCAGCACUGCUCCUUUGUCGUCAGGGACACUCCGGUGAGGAUCGUGGCACACCCGGCCGGCCACCGGCUGGGCGGCGCCAUCUGGCACAUCCAGUGGAGCAACGAGGACAUCGUGUAUGCGGUGGGCUUCAACCACAGGAAGGAACGGCACCUGGCGGGGGCGCAGCUGCCGGGCAUUGUCUCCCGCCCCGCCCUGCUCAUCGUGGACGGGGCAAACGCUGCGGUGACGGCGGCUCCUAGCGCGACCCAGAAUGCCGACUUUUUGGAAGCUGUCGUGGCCACACUGCGCUCAGAAGGCAAUGUCCUCAUCCCCGUGGACGCCGCCGGCCGAGUCCUUGAACUGCUCCUGCUCCUGGAACACCACUGGGCCCAGCACCACCUGCCCUAUUCCCUUGCCUGGCUGAGCUCCAUGGGCGCCAGCACCCUGGAAUUUGCCAAGACGCAGACGGAGUGGAUGAGCGAGUCGCUGUGCUGGCACGGCGGCCGGCUGCAGGACAAUCCAUACCUCCUGCGCCAUGUGCGGCCCUGCGCCGACGCCGCCGCACUGGCGCGCAUGGGCCCCGGGCCCAAAGCGGUGCUGGCCAGCCUGGGGGACCUGGGUGCGGGGGGCGCGCGCGAGCUGCUGGCCGCCUGGGGCGCCGCCGAGCGCAGCACGGCGUUGGAGUUGGCCGCUGACUUCACGGCCGAGCAGCAGCCCCAGCGGGCCAACACGGGGACCAUCGGCGUGGCGGGGGCGCCCGAGCAGGCGCAGCAGCGGACCGAGGGCGCGGGGGCCCUUGCCGCGCGGCAUGCGUGCCUGGUGGACGGAUUCGCGGUGCCGGAGGGCUGCUGCUCACCCAUGUUCCCCUUUCCGGAGAAGCCAGAGGCACGAGACGCGUAUGGCACCAUCGACACCUCCGUGGUCUUUGAGGAGGACGUGGCCUCGGGGCCGGGAACCUGGGACCCCGGUGCGGGGGUCGCCCCCGCCGCCGCGGACGCCGGCGCCGAGGGGGCCGCCCCCGGCCCGCCCCCGCCCACCAAGGUCGUGGAGGAGGACGCCUCCUUCAACCUCAGGGCCCUGGUCCUGGCCUUUGACUACGAAGGCCUGGUGGACGGGCGCUCCCUGCGCACCAUCGUCGGCCAGGUGGCGCCCCGCCACUGCGCCCUGCUGGGCCGGGCCCAGACCGAGAGCGGGCGGCAGGCCCUGGAGACGCUGAAACGGCAGAUGGUGGACGACUUGGCGCCCCUACACGGCAAAAUACAUGGGCCCCUGAGCCCCGGGGAGAACCUGGACAUCCCCUGUGCGCCCAGCGUCCGGGUGGAGAUGGAGGGGCGCCUGGUGGCUUCCCUGGAAACGCACGCCGUUAGCGGGUGCAAGCUGGCAUGGCUGCGGGCGCGCCGGAGUGCCGCCGACCCGGGGUUGCUGGAGCCUGCGGAGGACGAGGCACAGCAUGCGACACUUGGAGGUGUAUUCAUCGGCGAUGUAAAGCUGUCAGAGGUGCGCAAGGCGCUGCUGAAAGCUUCCAUCCCGGCCGAAUUCUCCGGCGGCGCGCUGUACUGCGAGGGGCCCCUGGUCAUCAGGCGGUCGGAGGGGGAGGGCGCGGGGCUGAGCCUGGAGGGCCCCCUGUCCGAGCAGUACCACCGCGUGCAGCAGGUCAUAUAUGCGCAGUACCACGUCUGCUGA